CCCUCUUUCCAUAAUGAGUAGUCAUAUGCUUACCUUCCGCGACAUCACGAAUAUUAUGCUGUGGACUCGAUCGAAAAUGACGACAACCAAGACGUACAAACAUCGGCGCCUCUCAAACUCGCAAAUCCGCAUUCUGCACCUCCAGCAUGGAGAUUCUAUCGAAGAACUGCAAUGUCGCAUCGAGCACGUUGAUUUCGACGCGGCGAAGUAUGUUGCAUUGUCAUAUCCGUGGGGAGGCGACAAGGAGGAAUAUUGGUUGCGAGUUCGAAGCGCUACCGGCAACGAGGAGGGAGACAUUCCUCUGACUCAAAACCUCCACAAUGCGCUCAGAGAUCUCGUUAGGUCGCCUGUGCAACCAAAGUGCUUCUGGAUCGAUCAGAUCUGCAUCGACCAGACUAAUAUGCAGGACAAGGAGACGCAAGUCAAGCGGAUGGGCGAGAUCUAUCGUAGGGCCAUAUCAGUCGUUACUUAUGCUGGGCCUGAAGCAUCCGGUGACGUGACAGCCAUUGCCCUUCUGGAACAACUCACGAGCCACUACAUCAAACCCUUCUACAAGGAGUUCAUGGAGGAUCGCGUGUGGAUAUGGCUAAUGACGAUAGAGACGCGGCCCAAAUAUGACGAAGAUCGCCGGUCGGAUACGAAUUCCCUCGAAAUCGACAUUCAGCGCAGGCUUGAGACUGCGCUACCAUCACAUGAGGGCUGGGGAGAGAUGAUGCGCAUGCUCCUGGGGUCUUGGGGGGGCGCAAAUAUAUUGAUUCUUUGCGGAUUCCUGCGUUUCAAGCUCUUGGGCAGGCGCCUCCCUGAUGGACAGACGCUCUCCGAUGAGCAUGCAUUGUAUCUGUACAAUGUUUCGAUGCUUUGGCGCAUUCGACGACUUGUCUUGCGUGGCAAAACCCUCAAUCUGAGCGACCUGCUCCAUUGGUUCCGCAACUCCCUCUGCAGCGACCCGCGGGAUACUGUCUAUGCGCUUCUAAGCCUGGCGCAGGACCGAGACGUGCUGGGCAUCGAGCCUGAUUACUCAAAAAGCUUCAGUGAUGUCCUUGUCGAUACGACUGCUGCUAUACUCAAGAAUUAUGGUUUGAGUAUGUACACCAAGCAAAGAGAAGCUGUCGACAUGACGCCGCGGCCAGCGGUGCCGUCAUGGGUGCCGAUGUGGGCUCCUGGAAGUCUCGCAACGCAUCUCGUGCAUACGCCGCCUUCUACGCGCAUGGAACCUGAGAACCUAUCCGAAUCUGUGUUACGCUUCGACGACAAAAACAAGACCCUCAUAAUCAAGGCUGUCUAUAUUGGCCGCAUUUCAAGACUGUUCGGCCUAGUCACGGAAAGGCCAGCCAAGCACGUCCGCCACCUCCUCAGUGGUGGAGCAUCCCAAGGCAUACACCCCGCUGGCCUGGCUUUCAAGAAUGCUGCCAGCUUUCUCUUGGAACAUGGGAUGGCAGAUGACGAUAUCACGCACAUGCUCGGCCGUGCCUUUGUGGCUACCGCUCCAUGGGUAGAUCACAAACAGCACGCAGCUGCGCCGCUGGCCCUGAAUACUAGCAAUAUUGCAAGCUGUCUACAAUGUGCUGCUCAGAUCCGAGCUGGAUACCGCGCCGCAAUGAAGAUCCUUGUCCACGGCGGGAGUCACUCAUCGGGAAGUGACUAUGGAGAGUUGUUGAACACCAGCAAUAACAAUUCUCCAGGAUCUACUGAAGACAUGAAUCUCGGUAUGAGUUUCAUACAUCACUUCGGUGUUCAUAGAGGGCAACUUGCUCUCGUUGGAGACAACGACGUGGCGUGGCUCCCAUUGAAGAGCCAGCCGGGUGAUUUUGUUCUGAAACCGAUCGGCCUCACGACAACCCUUGUGCUUAGGGCAGUCACAGUAUCGUGUCAAGAGUACGAAAUGAUUGGGACUGCGUAUGUGCACGGAUACAUAGACGGGGACGCGGCCAAGCUCGGACAGAACUGGGAAGACAGUGCUCGCGAAAUUCGUAUAGUUUAGUUUUAAUGAUUUUGAAAUAGUCCUCUGGCGAAACAAAAGGAGAUAGUAGGAAAAUCAGAGUGAAGUACCCGGAGAUGUUCUUUGAGGAAGGAGCAC